CUUCGCGUUCUAUUAUGUAAUUAUUCAAAUAAUCGUUAAUCAAAUCUUUGAACUCCGAACAUGAUCUUUGCAAGAAAUUGAUCUCCAUCGUGCACAUCACUCACGAUGCCUCCCUCAGCGUCAAAGCAGAAGAGGCUCGCAGAAAAGGCCGCAAAACAAUCCGCAAAGCAGAAUGGCACAACGUCGACAUCUACACCCAACGACUCUAUGCCAGGCAGCAUGUCUCAUACCCCACUCACCAGCUUUUCUGCCGCUAACAGCACGGAUGACUUGACAUCCAUGGCCAAGCUCCAGAUCGCCACUGAUAGGAGUGCAGCAGGAGUGCUUGUAUCAGACGUGAAAGGCAGAGAUAUUAAAAUCGAUUCCUAUACGUUAUCAUUCCAUGGUCGUCUGCUCAUCGAAGGUGCAGAAAUUUCCCUCAACUACGGGCAGCGCUAUGGCCUAUUGGGUGAGAAUGGGUCUGGAAAGUCUACCUUCCUCCAAUCCAUCGCGGAGCGCGACAUUGAAAUCCCACCACACAUUGACAUCUACCUCGUCAGUGGCGAGGCAGAACCAUCCGAUGUCGCUAAACUCGAAAAGCGCAUCGAAGAUCUCAGCAUCGCAGAUGAUGUCGAUGACGCCGCCCUAGAGGCUGCCUACGAGGAACUUGAGGAGAUGGAUCCAAAUACAUUUGAGACCAAGGCUGGCAGUAUCCUCCAUGGUCUUGGCUUCAGCCAGGCUAUGAUGGCCCGUCCUACAAAAGAUAUGAGUGGUGGUUGGCGCAUGCGCGUUGCCCUUGCGCGUGCACUCUUUGUUAAGCCACAUCUGCUCCUUCUUGAUGAGCCGACGAACCAUUUGGAUCUCGGCGCUGUCGUUUGGCUUGAAGCAUACUUGUCGACAUACAACCAUAUUCUCGUUAUCACCUCUCAUUCGCAAGAUUUCAUGGACUCGGUCUGUACUAACGUCAUGGAUUUGACGAUGAAGAAGAAGCUCGUCUACUACACUGGUAACUACACCACCUACGUACGCACUAGGCAGGAGAACGAGGUGAAUCAGAUGAAGGCAUACCACAAGCAGCAAGAGGAAAUAGCUCACAUUAAAAAGUUCAUCGCUUCCGCCGGUACAUACGCCAACCUCGUCAAGCAGGCCAAGUCGAAACAAAAAAUCAUCGACAAGAUGGAGGCAGCGGGACUCGUCGAAAAAGUCGAGACACCUCGGCCGCUGCGCUUUCACUUCGAGGAUAUUCGCAAACUUCCUCCUCCCAUCAUUGCAUUCGACGAAGUCGCCUUCUCAUACUCGGGCAAGCCUGAAGAUUACUUGUACAAAAAAUUGUCAUUCGGUAUAGAUAUGGACUCUCGUGUAGCCAUCCUCGGUGCAAACGGUGCCGGAAAAUCGACACUCCUCAACCUCGUAACUGGUGUCCUACAACCCUCUCAAGGCACUGUUUCCAAGCACGCUGCGCUCAAACUCGCCAAGUACAGUCAGCACAGCGCAGAUCAGCUACCAUACGACAAAAGUCCGAUCGAGUACUUCCAAUCACUCUUCCACGAUAAGUACCCCGAGAAGGACGCUAUGGCGUGGAGACAGCAACUCGGCCGUUUUGGCUUGAGCGGUGCGCACCAGACGAGCGUCAUUAGCAAUUUGUCGGACGGGUUGAGAAACCGAGUGGUAUUCGCACAGCUCGCGAUGGAACAUCCUCAUAUCCUGCUUCUUGAUGAGCCGACGAACCAUUUGGAUAUGGCUUCCAUCGACGCACUCGCCCUUGCAAUCAAGGACUUUGAAGGUGGCGUGGUGAUCGUGUCACACGACUUCCGUUUGAUCAGCCAAGUUGCUGAGGAGCUUUGGGAAGUCGCUGAUAAGACGAUUCGCAAUCUAACGAAGGAGGAUAUCAGCAUUGUUGACUACAAGAGGAACCUUGUGAAGCACAGUGAGGCUCAAUUGGAAAAGGCCAAGCUCAUCAGCAAGACUGCCACUAAAGGCAAGACAUAGCGAGUCUCCCAAUCCCGUUUCAUGUGUACAUCCAAGCAUAUGUACAUACCGUACACUGCGCCCCUUACAUGGGCCACACACAUGUCUUGCCAUUGUAGCCACACCUUUUUUCAUUUGAUCGUUGCACAACUAGCUGGAUCUUGCAUCUGUAUGUUUGUCAUGUCCAAGGCCACGUUUUCGCUUUUAGAUGUUUUAUUGACGACCGUCCCUACUUACUGAGAUCGGGCCCUAGACCUAGCAAGGGAGCUCACGUUUAAUGUAGCCAGUGUUUAGCCAUGAUUAGAUUGUUUGCUGUCUGUAGUUGAAUCGUACAAAGACCCGUGCCAAUAAAUGUGUCAUAGAUUCUGGGCCCUGAUGCUAGCACCGCCAUGCAUACAGCCACCCGAGUGGAUGCAGUCUAGCUACUAUCUGG